UGGACGGGCACAUCCGGUCAUCCGUCGUCGACGACGAUCCCCAGAACGACGCCGAGCGUCCACACGUUAGCAUGAGACUCGAGCCGCACGCGAUCGAGGUGUUCUCGCGCCAUCGACGACCGAUUUAUUCAACUCAGCUGAUUCGCGCCGAUCUGUAAUCGUUCGUUUCCACUCGUUCGUUCCUUUUUUUUUUUUUUUUUUAAGUUCGACGAGGUGUAACGAUGCAGGAGCACAAGUCGUUUCUCAUAAGGGAUCUUCUGGGGGAUGUUUUGUCCGAGCGGGUGCACGAAGAUUCCGAGGACGAUUCGGCCGUCCAUUCAGACUCCGAGGACACGAUCGACCCUGGAAGCAGCCCGUGCACCAGAUUGGAGAGCCCUCCGCCGGCUCUCUCGCCGUCUCCGGCACCGGCCACGUCUGGCAAGUCCUGCGGAACGAGCAGCGGCCCUCCCAGCGGCAGGAAGCCCAGAAGAAGGCGAACCGCGUUCACCCAUGCCCAACUCGCCUACCUGGAGCGAAAGUUUCGCUGCCAGAAAUAUUUGAGCGUGGCGGAUCGAAGCGACGUGGCCGACGCCUUGUCCCUCUCCGAGACCCAAGUCAAAACGUGGUACCAGAACAGAAGAACGAAAUGGAAGCGGCAGAACCAGCUGCGGCUGGAGCAGCUCCGGCACCAGGCGACGGUCGAGAAGGAGUUGCUGGUGCGAGGCGUGGGCCUUCACCACGGCAGCAUAGACGCCUACUGUCCACCGUACAACGCUCAAACCCAGACCCAAAGCCAUCCGCCCCCGCCGCCCCCGCCGCCGGCGCCCUCCACCGCCUCCACGGCCGCCUUCCUCUCCACGGCCGCAGCCCUCUUCCGGAACGUCACUUACGUCCACGGAUGCCCCCUCUAACCCGGCGUGAGGCCACGGUCCCAGGAUCGUUUCUGCUUCGGGG